AAGCUGCAGCGUUCCACCUCUGAGAAUUCCACCUACAGAUCCAACCAGCAAAGGCAGAAGCAUGUCUGCGAUUAAAGCGAUGGUCGAGGACGCCGCCUCGUCCGCCAAGGCAGGCGCCGAGAAGGCCAAGGCCACCGCCGGCGAGAAGGUGGAGAAGGUGACGACGAGAGACCCGAUGAAGAAGCGGGAGGCUGAGGAGCGGAAGGAGGACCGGAAGCUGGAGAUCGAAUCCGACGAGAGGGUCGAGAAGGCCGGCCGUGGCCCCGAGAAAACCGUCACGCACACGGCGGAUGAGUAGGCGACGACGGGUGAACGCGAGCAACCACUGCACCGCCUGUGGGACGAGACCGGACCCCGGAGCACGAUACACAACCUGUGCGCCUGUGCUGUGGGCCAUAUAUAGCCAUACUAGCUAGGCUCGGUGUGGAUAUAUGUUUUGUUCAUAGUUCAGCUUUUUAAUACUUCUCUAAGUUUUAUGGGUUAUAUGAACUCUGUAACUUUGAUCCAGUUCAAAAAAAAAUACACAAAUAACAUCUUACUUUUGUUAAAUAUAU